CAAGGCUGUGGAAGGUGGAAUGCAACGUUAGAGUAUAAAUACCUGUGCGGAAAUAUAUCAUCAUGAUACUGUUGCCAGUGAAACGGGGCGCUGUCCGGGAGGAAUUUCCUAUUUAGUCGGACCAGUAGAAGGAGGUAUUUUCAGGACACCUUCGGUUCCAUUGUCUCUGCCCUCAACGCCCUGGUGGCAUCAUCUCAUACUCCCUUCAACGCCGUCUUCUCUCUGGAUUCGCCGAGAAACUAAGAGCAGGCCUCUUCAUUCGUUUAAUUUGAGAUACCAAGCCCUUCAGCUACAAUGUUCUUCAAGCUUGCACUCUUCACCUUGUUUUCGCUAGGCUUUGCUAAUGCAAUUCCAUCUGGUGGAAACGCCGCUAUCGCUCGUCGCCAAGCAGCAACUUCCUCCCUCAUUGCUGUCCCUCCCACAGUCACUACAACGAUGUCCAUCCAAACUGCAAAUGGUCCAAUGAAUGAGAUCUGUGUCCUCACAUUCACCCCUGUUGGCAACCAAAUACAGGAGGUUCAGAAUUGCACCAUGUCGAUGGGCGGGAGUGUGGUAUCGAGCUUGAUUUUCAAUCCAUCCUCUACAGCCAGUAUUGCGUCUACUUCAACCAGCGCUUCUAUAUCUGCGACCCCUACCGUUCAAGCUGCAUUCUCCAUGCCUGGGAGGUCGUUACAGGUGUUGCCGGUGGGACUUGGAGUGUUUGGAAGCAUUACGGGUAUCACCAUCAUCAUCGUAGCCUUGGUUACUCUCGAGCGUGUUCGUUAUCGCAGGGUCUUCAGGGAACGUAGACUGGCCGAACAGGGUGCUAUGAUGGGUUACACAGCCAACUCGAUAGAGUACAAGGUCUAGGGUAAUGCGGAUCGACAAAUCAAUUAUCAGUCACUUCAAGUUUGUUUGGGCAUUCCGUUGAUCGGCUACAUGUUUCAAAGACACUCCUCGCCAAAUGCUAUCGGCGUGCCUUGCUGUGCCCGGAAUAAUAGUAGUGCAUCAUCACUGUAAUCCCUGGCGGAAUUUCAGGCUGGCUCGGUUGUAACUUCACGCAAGAGCUCGAAAGGCACUGUACCGCAAUGGGUUAUAAAUUGCUACUAUGGAGACACAAUAUGACUAGAAUUUGUGAGAACCAAAAC